GUUAAUAAAUGCAACGUUUAUCGAGAUGCGAACGCAUUCUGUCGCGUACAGUUUUAGCACGCAACAGAAUGUAUGCAAAUCAAGACAAGCAGGCUGCAAUGUCAAUGCUGAACUUUGGAAAGGCAGACCCGCAAUCUGGGCCUUUGGUCAGGAUGGUAAUUAAAAUGUACGCACAUGUGCAACCUGCUCCCCUCAUUUAUCAUCGCCAGUCAUGAUUAAUGCACUGCUGCAUGAAGGCCUCUCAAAGCCACCGCCAAUCCAGAAUCCUGCGACAUAAUCCACCUCCACGAACCGAUACCGUCUCGAACGCGUUCCAUUGCUUUUCCUACCCACCAGAAGCUAAGUGGGUUUUGGGUCGACGUGAUGUUGGGAACUUAUAAUGCAGUAGUCACAAUCGUAUCCCCCCUCCCACCCCCAAAAAAAAAAUCGCUAAAUCUCAAACUUGUUUUUCAGGAUGAUGCUACAUUGGAAUGUUUGGCCAAAGCCAUGAAUAUUUAGCUUCGUACAGGAGGCAACUAGGGAGAAGACCCGCCGCACAGCACUGAGAUUUGGCCACACCUCCCAUACCCACGCCGAUAAUACCCGGCAAGCGAUGUGGUGGUCACCCAUCCAAGUGCUCAUUCGACUCAAAGCUGCUUAGCUUCCAGGAUCUGACAAUAUACAACCAAGACACAUGUCAUUGAAUGAUAACGCGCGUAAUAUUUCACGUACAUAAAUGACAUGACCGUGACUCUUAAGGCGUGGAGAUCGGCUGCAUGCGGGGUGAUUUGGCUGCAUGCGGGGUGAUUUGGCCGAAGGCGAUGAUGCCUCUGUGGUCUUGUUGCAGCAACAUCUGUUAAACACAAAGUCGGUGUGAGGCGCAGUGGUUAGCGCCCUGCGCUACGAACCCGGCCAUCAGUUCGAUUCCUACUCACGGCCGACACCAGUGGACGAUUAUAUUAUCUGAACCAGUCCUGGGCCUCCCCGAAGUUAACUCAGCCUCCAAUGAGGACCUCGUGCCCCGUGUAAACAUCGCCACUGGGGAAACAAAGGCGACCGGGCGUGGUGUUGGCCGCCCACCCCAUCGUAUGUCGUACCGGCCUUCUCAGGUGGAUCGCUAAGCGCACUUGUCCCAAAAGUCUGUUAAGGCUAUACGGGGGAUCUUUGUCCACGUGCUGACACGAGUUGGCACGUUGUGGCUUCCGGUAAUGUUUCGUGUCUGUUAUUUGAGCGUCCAGUCCUUUCUCCUGUGCGUUUGCUUGACUAAUGUUAUGUAUUUAAGUGCGCGUAUGGUUUUUGUGUGUGUGUGUAUACAGUAACUGUGUCUAGAAAUACAGGUGAGGGCGGGCCCCGCUCUGCUCCAGGUGGAUGGGUGUGGCGCACCUCUCUUCUCUCUCUGUUGUUGAAGCCACGUGUCCCCCGGCGCAUGAGACCCACGAAGUGCAUUCACAUCGGGGCCCGUGUGCUCCUGUGCAGCAGAUUGUAGCCCCUGCGUUUGGGGAGUUAAGCUCUUGCUGAGUGGUGGGAGUGUGUGGGGGGGGGAGAUCCUUCUCCCUCUCUCUCUCUCAAUCUCUCCGGGUCCACCCACCAAACCUCUCAACUAUGCCGAGCCAAGAGGGAGACCCCGGUCAGGGUGCGAACCUGACCGCGUGGCUUCGCGUGGCGUCGUCGCGACUCAGGGAGCUGGAGGCGUCUGUGCAGAGGGACCUGGGAUGGACGCGCAGGGAAGCGCACCUCCAACAGCUCAAGGACGUGUUUGAGGAGAUCGACUGCCGCGUGGAGGCCGCGCAGGCCCUGCGGGAGGCCGGGGCGGGGUCACCGAAGGGGGGCGGCGAGGGAGCGGCGGAGCAGGCGUGGUACUCGCUCCGCGUGGCCGCCCUCGUGCUGCGGGAGCGCGUGCUGCUGGGGCCCGCAUCCUCCUCACCCCCGUCCUCGCCGUCGUCGCCGUCGCCCCACCGCGACAACGUCGUUGACGUCCCGCAGGAGAUCGACGCUGCUGCAGGGGCGGCGAGUGCGGUGCGAGCGGUGCAUGUGAGCUCCGUGGAGCCGGUCGCCGAAGCGGACGGAGCGGGAGACGUCCCCGCUCCCCGCUCUCCCUCCUACCUCUCCGUGGACGGCGACGUCUCCGCACCCGCCGGGCUCCCCUCCGGCACCAAGUCGACGCGUCGGUCCCGGCCCUCGUCCUCGGCGCGAACGGAGUCUCCCGUCGAGCCCGCCCUCUCGAGCCCUCGCGAGAGCCGGCCGUCGUCCGAGCCGGCCGGAGCGUCCGUGCCCAAGACGUUUGGCCGCUGGAACUACAUGGAGCUGACCGAGAAGAUCGCCGGCUACCCGGAGCGGGAUGCAGACCCGUGGGGCGUGCCGGGAGUCGUCGCCGCCGAUCGCGGCCGCCGUGCGCUCGGCGGCGCGGACGAGACUUCGUCGCGAGCGCCGGGUGGGUCCCGCAUUGCCAGUUUUGCCGAGGAAGUUGCCGGCGCGGUUCCGUGGUCCUCGGAUGAAUGCCGCGGCACCGGCGACGGCUUCCUCUCCCCGUGGACGGCGCGCGAUCCGCGAUGGAAUCCGCUCGUCCCGGCCGCUGCGGACGGCUCGGCACCGACGGGGGCGAGGUGCGCGUGGCGGUGGGACGCGAGCGCCGCGACGCCGUCGGGGGGCCUCGACGGCGCGUUCCAAUCGGGCGUCUCGAGGAGGAUCCCCUUCUCGGGAGCCGCGUCUGACGAGGACGACUCCGAAGGCGACGACGGCGGGGCGUUCGGGUGCCUCGUGCCCUUCCGCUCCUACGGCGGCUCGCCGACCUCGUCGCCAACGCACGGGAUGCUCGCCGUGCCCGGAUCUCCGCCGGAGGUAACCCCGGCGCCCGGAGGCGGGCCGCCCGGCGAUGGUUUGUCGACGAGGCCGCGGUGUCGCCAAGAGCUCCCGUCGGAGCCGGAGGGGGUCGACGCCGAGCUCGCGAACGCGCGCGGUUGCGGAGCGGCGGCCCGCGAGCGCGCCGUUGCCGAGUCGCCCUUCGCGGCCGGCUCGGCAGACCCUUGGCAAGGUAAAUUGAAGAAGAAGGAAAAUGCAACGAGGGCUCGAACGGCGGUGGCCUCCGGGAGGGUGGCCGGCUCGUGGGAGCAGGCCUUCCUGGACUGGGAGUACGGAAACGCGCUGGACGCCGCCGAGUACCUCCCGAGAGAAGCGGCCGGCGGCGGCGGCGGCGGCUCGCGCGACGAGUUCGGCGAACUCUUCGAGCGACUCGGGAGCUGGCGAGAGAACCCCGAGGAACCCGCGGCCGGACGCGCCCCCGCGGCGCCCGCUCGGCGUCGCCGAGACGGCACCGGAGAGACGCUCGACGCAGCCCGCGCCAGCUCCCACCACGCGGGUCAGCCGGCUGCCGGCAACAAAUCGCCGGGGCCGCAUGAGGGGUCGGGCGAUGGCGCUUGGUUCGGCUGGGAGGAGUACAUGGCCUUGCCGUCGCAGCUAAAGGACGCGGAGAUCAUCGCCCUCAAGCUGGACGACUUGUCGACGCUCCUCGAGAAGAAGCCGUCGCAGAAGUCGGCUUGCCGAGCUAAUACCGACGCCCCCCGUUUCGUCGACAAAGUGACGGACAAAAAGAGCCUCCGGGCCGCGACGGCGGGCAACGAGCCGCCGCAGAUCUCUCCCGGGGAUGCGGCUUUGCCUCUCGGGGGGCCGAUGGCGACUGGAUGGGCCCGCGACGGGACGAGCGACGCGGACGGGCCCGGCCGCGCGACGCCCGACGCUCGCGCUGGCCCGGCGGGCGCGCUGGACACGCUGGACACGCUGGACACGCUGGACACGCUGGACACGGGCCCGCUCAGCGGCCUCCCCGUCUCGGGAAGGGCGUCGCGUUCCUCUGCGUGCGGCUCCCCGGGCGGGGUGGCCCGUGGCUCGCUCACGUCGCCGCACGGGGGACGCGAGCGCCGGGCCAGGGCUGCCUCGUGCGAGCCAGAGGACGAGCCGCGUCGCCUCGCAAACGACGGGCGACCGCAGUGCGAUGUUAAACAGCAGGCGGGCAACGAUGCCAUAUGGGAGAAGACUGAGGCGUUUGUGAGAAAGCUGGACGAGCUCAUCGCGUGGCUCGCCGUUGCCAUGGAGAAGACGGAGAACUGGACCCUACCCGGCGCGGACGUUGGCAGCCUCGGCGUUUACUUGGAGACGCACCUCAACUUCAAGGUGGCCGUGGACAGUCGCCGUGCCCUCAAAGACGCCGUGGUGACGGAGGGCAGGAGCCUCAUGGAGCUGUUGAUCUCCCAGAAGCCGAGCCUGGAGCAGACCCUGGGCCUCGUGGAGAGCCAGUGGCACGAGCUGCAGCGGCAGAUCGCGCGCCAACACCGAUGGAUUGUGCGCUCGCUGUCCACCGUGAGGUCCCACGCUCUCACGGACAACGAGGAAGACGACCCCCGUGACCCCCGCACCCUGGCGGCCAUGGUCAGUGGGACAUGCGGCUUGGAUGAGCAGCUAAUAACCGAGAGGCGAAAUGAGACUGCGAGCCCCGCGACACAACAAAGUGACGCCGCCCAGCGUAAUGAGGCCCCAGGAAUGGAGCAUGAGAGCCUCGUGGCAUUUGAGGAGAACUACCAGGAAAUGCGGGACUGGGCGCAGGAUCUGCGCGCUGCCAUGAGCAGGAGCCGGGCGGUGGAGACGCACGGGCAGCCGGUGGCCGGGCGGCUGGAGAAAUGUUCGCAAGAGAUGAGGCUGUGGCAGCGCGGGAGGUGCGAGCUGUCGGAGCGGGCGGCCGGUCUGCUGCAGCGGCUGCCCUCGCUGGGGCCGCUCGUGGAGGCGAGGCUGCUGGUGCUGGCCGGAGAGUGGGACUGGCUGGAGGCACGGCUGGGGCGACGCGGAGCAGCAGAGGGUGAGGGGGGCGGAGUCCCCCCGGGGCCUCGGCCCGCGCCGCCGCCUCCUCCUCCUCCUCCGCCGCUGCAGGACGAGAUCCGGGAGCUGAGGGCCUGGCUCCGGGAGACGGAGCUCUUCAUCUUUAACUCAUGCCUCCUGCAGGCCCCGGCGAGCCGAGACCUCCCGCAGAAACGGCUCGAUGCCUUCAAGGCGUUGUGCCAGGAGGUCGGGCAGCGGAGGGCGGCGGUGGUGGCAGCGCUGGGGCGUUGCCGCACCGCCCUGAGCGGCCAGGGCCCGGCCUUGUCCCCGGACGAGCGGCAGGGCCUACAGGCGGCCGCCGUUAACCUGAGCCGCCGCUGGGACGCGAUCGUGAGCCAAGCGCAGCAGUGGCGGCGCCAGCUCGUGGUGUGUGCGGUUGAUGUCGGUGACAUGGACUCGAUGAGCGUGGAAACGCUGCUAAUCCCAGAUCAGGUCAUGGACUGGGAUGUCACCGACGCGCCCAAUGACCUCAUUCACCAUGACGGCGGGAUACAGGAGCGGCUCCGAACUGGAACGCAGCCAGUCCCCAUAUCGGCAAAUUCCGCACGUUUGAGCGCUGGGGUAAAGGGAGCAGAAACCGAACGGCACUCGGAGUGUCGCGGAUCGGCCAGCGAGGGACGGGGUCCCCGGAUCCUUCAUUUGCCGCCCCAGGACACCGCGCCACCAGACGGAGGCCCACGCGGCGAACAUGGGAACGGCGCGGCGACUGACAGCCCCCACUGUGUCGCGAUGAAUCAUUUAGAGCUGCUUGCUCAGCUCGCGGGAGAAGGGGUUGGUGGAUCAUGCUGCCAGCAGCCUACAUGCAGCCACAACUCCACCAGUAAUAAUACAAAUAAUCAUUACGCAAACUCUCAAUCGGAUACGUCUGACGGCCACGAUGUUUUUCCUCGUGCGAGCACGGGAGAAACGGGAAAAUCGGAUGGCUGUGGAUUUACGGCCGACGUGGUGUGCGCUGCAAAGAGCGAAAAUGAAUCCAUCAGCAGUUUGCAGCGUUCGCCUAAACCUACGCGGAGCGCGCUCGCGGAGGAUGCUAAUGCAAUCCCCCAGGGUCGUGAAUACGCCGAUGGACAGAGAGGCCCCCGUGGAACGCGGUCCAUAUCGAUAAGUGGUGAAGUCCACAAUUCAUGUGUGCGGCGGUUUGCCCCCCCGCGCAUUAAUAAAACAUCGGCCCUGGUCGAGGCACCACGGCGCUCGGGGCGCGACGGCGGCCCUAACCCGGCCCGGUUCCUCGUCGGCGAUGAAAGUACGCGCGAGAGCGGAGUCUCGGCUUCACGGGAGGAGGGCCCACUUGACCCGCUUGCUGCCUCUCGUGAAGAUUCAGACGGAGCCGUGCUCACGACGACAGGCGUGUCGGCACAAGAAAGACAUGUAGGGGCGAGCGCAUCGACCGGGCCGGAGGUUUCUGACACGAAGGGCCGCCGUGACGCCACACAAGACGAAUGUCAGGCCGUCGCUGGAGGUAACGGAGACGUUUGUGUGUCCAUUCCUACUGAGCAGCAGCAGCAGCAGCAGAACGCGGUGUUGAGUUUGACGACGCUGAGCCUGAUUCAGAAACUGCAGGAGAUUCAGAGCCCAUUAUGCGCUGCGAGAAAAGAGACGUCUGCUGCUCCAGUUAUUGAUAGCGUUGUUUUGUCUUUCUCGGAUGGCCACCCAGUGCACCAGCGGUGGUCAGACAGCGGAGGAUGUCACCGUGGCCAGCGAUUGAGUGAAAUGAUCGCUAAUGAUGCUGACAGUGGCGUCGUUUGUCCAGAAAUAACCACCGAGAGGACAAUUGAUUUAAAUGGCGGUCAGGCCAGUCCCGUAACAGCACUCGUGUAUUCUGUGGAAAUUAAUAAGGAUCGGUCCCUCUUACCCAAAGAGCGUUGCACGUCUCUGGGGGCAAACGCCCUUCCUUUGGACAAAUCCAACCUUGUGCGGGGUGGCAUCAACUCGAGCUGCAAUAACGGCAGUGUCUUGGCAGCGCAAUCGGCAUCUGAGGACGUGGCUCCUGUGCGCUUUGAAGAAGGCGAGGAAGCAACGAACAAGAUGGAGAUAAUGGCACAUAAACGUGACGACGCCCAGCCGAGUGUUGAGGGCGAUCGUUAUCGGCACGAUCCACAAAUCCAGAGUUUUGACGAAAAUAGAAAGGGUAACUCAUCGAGCUGCGACUAUAACACAAAAGGAAGGCUCUCUGCAGGCCCUCCCUUGAGGAAGAAAAGAAAGCAAGGGAAUUCAUCAACAGAAAGUGAAAAGAUGAACCGCAAUCGCGCGGCACCCGGCAGACAAAUGGGCGAGGAUGCGCGCGGUAACGACGUGCCUGGGCGCGCUGGUGGCUCGGGGUUUGCUGAACAGAGCCGUGAAGCAAUCGGCCGCACGUCUCCCCAAGCCGAUUCUAAUUCAGCGGCUCAUCGUUUAUUUGAUUUGACUUGUAACCAAACAGACGGAGCACGAUCGCCCUUCUCAACCGUUGAAUCGCGAGGCAGUGAUGGAGCGGCCGACUCUCGCGCCGCCGGAGCAUUUAACUUGUUCACGGAUGAAGGAGUCGGCGCCGGCACCCCCUCUACAGCGGCCCCGAGGUCAGGCCGCAGCGGCACGCCCCUUGCCACCAUGCACCGCUCGGAACGUAACAAGGGCAACCCUCGGCAAAUGUCAACAGGUCAAUUAAGUCACCCGACCGCCGUCGACAUUCCCAACUUAAAUUGUGCCAGGGAAGAUUCGAAUCUCAGCAGCAGCAGCUCUGAGAUCCACGCGGCAGGGGAUCAAUGUGAUGCAGCCUCGCACAAGGUUGAAGAUAAAUUGGUGCACGACUUCGUGAUGGAGAUCAUCGACAUGGCCUCGGCGGCUCUGCGCAACGUGGAGAGUCAGGACAGGGAGGGUCCGACGGGGCCAGGGUCCGCCGCCCUCAUCCGCGAAAAGAUACUGGAGCACUCGCAGAGGCCGCUGAGACUCCGCAAGGGCGACUUCUACUCGUACCUGUCGCUCUCCUCGCACGACAGCGACUGCGGGGAGCUGGGCAGCUGCGAGGAUGAGAGGUGCCCUUCGCCGCCGCUGCCCGACUAUCGGAUGCCGUGCCACGGCACCGGUGGAAGAGCGCGCGCGACGUGCGGGGACGGCGGCCGGACGGCGGCCGCGUGCUGCGCCCGCGGGGCCCUGGAUGAGGUUGAUGACCUGCACUUCGGUGCCUGGGAGGAGGAGGAUGACGACCAGUGGGAGCACGGGCCGCUGCAUGGCGACAAGGAAGCAUCGCGGUCUUCCAAAGACGAGAGAGAUGCGGAUCGUUAUGAGCCGAGUGCCGCGUGUGAAACUUCCGGCGGCGCUCGCGGCUUCCGAGAAACGCGUAAUGUGAAAAUGGACACGUUGACGAGGAGGGUCCUUAACCCCUCUGAACUCCCAACCGAUGGCGACGGUGAAAACAUUAAUUGCGGAAUAUCGCCCGGCUGUGGGCCCAUUCAAACUGAAGAAUUGCGCUCAAGCGCGAUGAAGGGUCGCGUGGCGCGUGAAAACACCGCGACGCAGAAAUGCCAAGUGAGGAGCUGCUUCGUGGAAACCGGGGAGAGAGUGGCGAACGCGCACUUGAGCCCUGGAGACUGCCGCACGUCCGAGCGGGAUGGGGAUGCGAGUAAUGAGGAGGACGAGCUGCGCGGGAGUGCGAGAGCGUCGCGGCGGCACGCGGCGGCAGCUCGUGGCGAGGCAGAGACGUGGCAGACAACGUCGCCGGAGCUGGCAGCCAUUAGUGCCGUCCAACAACACGCGAAUAUGGUGCCAAUGCAACCACAUACGGAAAGUGUUCGGCUGCCAGCGUCGGUGAACUGGCAGGGCGAUUGCACACCUCCGGGCAGCACAGCGCUGGAGCUACCAAUCACAGACCUGGCAUCCACACAUGUUCACUCUCGCCAACACCGCGCCGGGACACAGCAGAGAUCUCGCAGCCUCCGACUUCCCGCGGCUUCAUCUCGUCUCACGGCGUGCCAUUCGUCUGGAUCCUUCGUAUCCCCUAAUUGGCACGGGGCAGCGGAGGUAGGCAAAUGUAACUUUUUUGCUCGGGAAAGCACAGACGCCGCCUCCUCUGGUGUCGCCGUGAUUGGGAACCGCACCUUUUGCUCGUCGCCACCCGAGACUCGUAUUCCUCAUCGCGGCCGCGAUGAGGAACACGAAUUUUACGCCCCCGGCACGGACGUUGCUCACGAUCCCGGCGCCCGUCAUGAGCCUCCCGGGUAUCCGCCGGGCGAGAACAACAGCGCCCCGACGGAGGCCGAUGUCUCGCCGAAGCUCGGCUCUUCGGCGGCGCCGGCACGCGGGCGCUCGUUCGGCGGGCGCGUGUGGCGCGCGGGCGUCCUGCUCUGGGGCUGCCUGCUCGGGCUGCUGCUGCUGGCCCUGCUGCUGCCGCUGUGGCUGGAGCCGCGAGACUGCAGCCACUCGCGCUUUUCCUCCUCCUGGGGCCCCGUGCUCAUGUACAGCACGGGGCCGACCCCCGUGUAGCGCCACGUGCCCUGCUGCUCGACAUACGGGAACAGGCGCACAAUCAGAGUCGGCUCAUCGUGAAGUGUAGGAGUUCUGGUGAUGAUACCACUUCUGCUAACAAGCUGACAGCUUGUGCUGUUACCAGACGGGAGCAGGUACAUAAUCAUGGACAGAUACAAUGUAAAGUAAAUGUCCAUGAUUUCUGCUGAUGGAAAUGAUGACAUUGAUGACGAUAACAAUGUCAGAAUUCUGAUGCUAGAUCUUCUGACACCAAGCAGGGGACAUAUAGUGCUGCUCUUAGGCUCAUGGACGUAAUUGCGGUCAGGUGAACGUCACGGUGAAUACUUGAGUUCUGAUGAUAAUAGUAACGUCAGAACUGGAAUGCUAAAAUGUCCCACGACCGGGACAAUUGCCUGAUGGCUAUCCUCCCACCGCCAGUAUGGUUUAAAGGGAAAAGUUUUGGCGCGGAGAUUCUUCAACAAAGUCAAAUAGAAAGUGAUAACCGCAACCUUCCAUGUGAGUUUGAACAAAACAGACUGCUGCUGGUUACACCAGCGAACAGUUGUGCUUAAAAAAUAUACAAGUCUUGCGGUGUUCUCAUUCGCUGAUAUUCGUAUAGAUUAAAAGCCAAGAGGAACUAGUCGUCAGAUUAUACUCUUCUAGAUGAAUAUCGUGGAGAACCUCUCGGCGUUUGAUGGGAGAGCCCUUGCUCACGAAGAAAGCCCCCCCCCCCCCCUCUCGGGCUCUGUCGCAGGGUUUCCAGACUGUCAGGAGCCAUCCGUGAAUCACACUUUACGCGUGGUGUAAAAGCAACGAUAAUACCAUUGUUAUGAGUCACGGUCAUGAAAAGUGAUUUUCAAUAAAGUGUUAACAAAUGAGAAAUGGCAAAACUAAAAAUAGUACACUCUCCAUGGAUGUACUUUGAGUGAGAAAAACAUGAAAAUGUUUAGAAUUGUUUUUUUUGAGUGCGCCCAUAAAUAUCACAGCAUAAAUACCGUACAAAAUUUCCACGACACAAAUACUCCAAUGCCUUAUGUUGACAUUCGACGAAAGUAGUCGUGCGCAGAACACUGGGAGGUCUGGAGGUGUGGGUUUGACAUCGAACGGAAGAAAGUGAAUGGAUGGAGAUAAAGGAAAAUGAGGAUGCUCUGGGGGGUAGGUUCAGCAGGGAAGUCUAACAAUCCAAACGUGUGGUUUGGGGAUCACGUCGUCAGAGGUGAAAGCUUCACGGAAGGAAAUUGUGGAAGGGUUGAGGAUGUUGGGGAAAGGCCAAGAGGCAGAGAAAGAUGCUGUUGGCGACUUGAAGUGAGCGCGGGAUCGGCCCGUGAGAUGAAGAAGAAAGCUCGAGGUUGGACAGGAUGGAAGUUUGGCCAGAGACCUUUUGCUGGGCAGAGGACUAAAGAGAGUGGUAGACACCAUGUCUGUUGAUCUAUGCAAUUGGAAUGAAUAAAUUGUGCUUAUUAUUUCUAAGUCUCCAAAGGUUUGCUGUAUUGUUACCAAGGGGGAGUGAUGGCACCGUCUUUGGCGCACUGCGCUCUGAAAACCGAUGAACUUGGUUCAAUUCCAAGGCAAGGAUAACAUCGGGUGGCGAGUGACAUUUGAACCGGUCCUGCCCCCACUCUGCCGCCCACCUCGCCAACGCGCGCCGACCAGCAUGGUGAAGUAUGGUCAAGAGGACCACCAUGACUCGACGCGGUGUGGUGCAAGGCCUUCAUUCAGUAGGGUACUGGCAAAGGGCUCUUAAAUUAUUACUGUUUUAUUAUUGCCGCAAAAAAGCCAACAUAGGAAGUAGUGACUUGCAUUUUUCAUUUUAAAAAAUGGAGUUAGGAAGAGGUUGUAUAAUAGAAAGCUUUGACUAAAAUAAUACCGCGAUGUAUAAUGAAAUGCCAUAGCCAAUGAACAUCUGUGGCAGGCUGUGUGCACGGUGGGGUGAAUAUGCUUUUCAUCCUCCCAACUUCUCUCCACGCGCUCGUAAAAAAAACACGCGCCCGCAUCGGACACCGCAAUAACAACUUGUGCGUCAUAAAUUUUAAUAAUACACAUUUUAUUGGGCCGUAUUUCGUGAUAGAGAACCUGAAAACCCUCCAUGAAUACGAGUUAAAGUGUAUGAUUGCGUAAAUACAUGGCAAAAAUAUGGCUAAUGGCCGUGCUGCAUGGCCGUCCCGGGGCCCGGUGGAGUGUCCACACCCAGAAGCGUGACCUCGCUGGUCCUGCGGUGAUCCUCUCCUAGGUCGUGAACCCGUGCGGCUGGGGCGUUGUGGUCAGCGCGAUGCCAUCACUCGAGCACUAUGCCAGGCGCUUUUAUUUUUCCUCUAGUUUUAGCAUUCACAAUGCUUCCAGUUCGUGUUGGAUUUUUUUUUAAAUGCCCCCUUCCCAAUUUGUCUCUCCGAGUAGAAAGAAUAAUAAGUGGUCUUAUCACAAAGCAAAUGCCGCAUGGCCUUCAUGGCGUGCAUCUCAUUGGCAGCAUCCGUUCAAUACGGGCAAAAAAAACUCUGGACUGGUUUUGUAUGUCUGAACUUCUUUCGCAUCAUACGUAGCCAACCGUGGUAAUCCAAGGUGCGGGGGAAGGACAGCUAGACACAAAAACCAAUUAGGUUUCUAUGUAGAUGAUUUAAAAGUUCACAAUUCCUGUGGCUUCCUAAUGUCGGAAGAAAGAGCAUUCCAGACGGCCACAGAAGCACUUCUGCGUCUCAACAGCAGUCGGGCUCGCUUGAACCAAUGCUGCUGAAAUGCGUGAUGUUUAUGGACAAGUAGCAUGUCUUAGAUGUGGGUCUUGGUUCAACCCAUAACUAUGCAAAAAAAACUAUAAUCAGUCAGCGUCGUUGUGGAGAAUGUUGUAGAGAAUAAACAAAUGUAUAUUCUCUUUGUACCGUGUCUGCAUUUAAAACGGUCAUUCAUAGCGUGGAUGAAUAACCCCACUUGUGUAUAAUUCAAAUCAUUACGAUGCCGUGAUAUGAGAACAAUAAAACCUACGCUAUAUA